GAAAUGGAGAGCCUCCCCCUCCAGGUGAAAGUGGUACAGUCCCAGCCCCAGGCAGUAGUCAAGGAGGGGCAGUGGAGCACUGGACUGUUUGACUGCACUGAAGAUAUGGGGGACUGCUGCUUUGCGACGUGCUGCUUGCCCAUAUUUGCCUGUAAGACGGCGGGAGCAGCAGGAGUGUGUGUGUGCCUGCCCGUGCUGGACUGUGUUGGCUGCCUGACUCCAGGCUCUCUAGCCAUGAGGGCCGCCGUCAGAGAACGCUACGGCAUACAGGGCAGUCUGUGCUCUGACUGUGUGUACGGUUGCUGCUGCUACCCGUUCUCCUGGUGCCAGAUCUCACGAGAGAUCAAGAGAAGAGCCGCCGCCAUGGCCAACUCAUCUUCAUCUUCAGCGUCAUCAUCAUCACAAACAUCAUCCUCAGCCAGAUACAAACCCUUGCUCUCUUUAAGCGAGGCACAUCUGAUAUGA